UGUGGCAAAAUUGACAACUCUGUGCACAGGUCGGAAGGAAGAAAGGCGUAUGGAAAUCUUCGCAACGCCCAUGACACUCUGGACGAUUUAAAAAAAAACAUUCUUGACAACUUUGAACAUUAUCUAAAAAUUUGCAAAAAACUUGGAGACAAAUCGGGAGAAGGAUAGGUGUAUGACAAUCUUGGCAACGCUUUUUCCAGUCUAGGGGAUAUUAAAAAAGCCAUAGACUACCAUGAACGUGUUCUAAAAAUUACAAAAGAACUAGGCGACAUAUCAGGAGAAGGAAAGGCGUAUGCCUCUCUUGGAAACGCCUAUCAGAAUAUGGGAGAUUUUAAGACAGCAAUAGACUACCACGAACGUAAUUUAGAAAUUGCGAAAGAAUUCGGUGACAGAUCGGGUGUAGGAAAGGCGUAUGGCAAUCUUGGCAUUGACCAUGGCCGCCCGGGGGAUCUUAAAACAGCCAUAGACUACUAUGAACGUUAUCUAAAAAUUUCGAAAGAACUAGGCGACAGAUCAGGAGAAGGAAAGGCAUAUGGCUUUCUUGGAAAAUCUCAUCAAGGACUAAGAGAUUUAAAAACAGCCAAAGACUACUAUGAACGCAAACUAAAAACAGCGAAAGAAUUGGGUGACAGAUUGCAGGAAGGACUUGCUUAUUGUUAUCUUGGUGACACUUGCUAUUUAGUAGACCUUAAGACAGCCAUAGACUUCAAUGAACGUGGUCUCAAAAUUAUGAAAGAAUUGGGUGACAGAUUGGGAGAACGAAUAGCGUACGCCAAUCUUAGUCACGCGAAUCGAAGCAUGGGGAACUUUAAAACAGCCCAAUAUUACAAUGAAUGUCACCUGAAAAUUGCGAAAGACAUGGGCGACAGAGCGGAAGAGGGAAAGGCGUAUGGUAAUCUUGGCCGGCAUUACCCAUCACUUUCUGGGAAAUGUUAAAACAGCCAUAGAUUACCAUGAACGUGCUCUAAGAAUUGCGAAAGACUUGGGUGACAGAUCGGGAGAAGGAAUUGAGUAUUGCAGACUUGGCCUUGUCCAUCAAUGUAUGGGAAACUUUAAAAUAUCCAUAGACUACCUUGAACGUGGUCUAAGAGUUGCGAAAGAAUCGGGAAACAGAAUGGUAGAAGGAGAAGCGUAUGGCAAUCUUGGCAUGACCCAUCACAGUCUGGGAAAUUUUAAAACAGCCCUAGAGUACCAUGAACGUGCUCUAAGAAUUGCGAAAGAAUUGGGUGACAGAUCGAGAGAAAGAAAUGAGUAUUGCAGACUCGGCACUGUCCAUAACAGUAUGGGAAACUUUAAAAUAUCCAUAGACUACACUGAGCGUGGUCUAAAAGUUUCGAAAGAAUUGGGAAACAGAUCAGUUGAAGCAAAAGCGUAUGGCAAUCUUGGCAAUGCCAAUUGCAGUCUGGGAAAUUUUGAAAAAGCAAGAGAUUACCAUAAACUUGAUCUAAAAAUUGCGAAAAAAUUAAAAGACAGAUCGGGAGAGGGAAUGGCGUAUGGGAAUCUUGGUAGUGCCUAUGCGAAGCUGAGAGACUUUGAAAGAGCCAUAGAAUGCCAUGAAUGUCAUCUAAAAAUUACAAAGGAACUGGGUGACAGAUCGGGAGAAGGAAAAGCGUAUGGCAGUCUUGGCAAUGCCUAUCACGGACUGAGAGAUUUUGAAAAAGCCAUUGAUUACCGUGAACGUGAUCUUAAAAUUGCGAUAGAAUUGGGGGACAGGUCAGAAGAAGGACUGGCCUAUUGUAAUCUUGGCUGCAGCAAUAACAGUCGGGGAGAUUUUGAAACAGCCAUUAGCUACUUUGAACGUCAUCUAGAAAUUACGAAAGACCUGGAUGACAGAUCGGGAGAAGCAGUAGCAUGCUCGAAUCUUGGUCGAGGUUUUGAAUGUCUUGGCCAAGUUUCAGUGGCUAUUGGAUAUUUCCAGCGCAGUAUUACUUUGUUAAAUAAUAUCAGAGAUCUUCUUCAUUUUAACGACGACUGGAAAGUAAGCCUAGGCGAUCAGUACCAGACAACAUACGCCGCACUUUGGCGCUUGUUGUUAGGAGAGGGCAAGAUUACAGAAGCUUUGAUUUCUGCAGAGCAUGGACGGGCACAGGGUCUUAAGGACCUUAUGGCAUUAAAUUAUGGAUUGGAAGUGAAUGACGCUGAGUCAGAUGAAGGAGACAUGAGAACCUUUAAUGAACUAUCCAGUCACUUUCCCACGAAUACGAUAUUUAUGGCGCUUGGAGAGAACGAAUUAAUUUUCUGGGUUUGUCAGGAAGGAACGGCCCUUGAAGUAAGAAUAAACCCAAUAGAUUCAAAGGGGAAAAUUAGCUCUUUCUUUGAGUCUCUUGUGGAGCUUGUCUGUCAGGAAAUUGGUGCAAGAGAUUAUGUGGAGUGUGAAGAUCGCUCACUUGAAUUGCUGAAUGGUAAAAGACAUGAAAGACUGGCAGUUAAAAGAUCAACUAGUGAUGGCAGUCAAUUCCAGAACUUAAACAGUUCUUUGAAUACUUUGUCCGACGUAAUCAUUGAUCCUAUUCAAGAUCUCUUUUGGGGAAGUGAAAUCCUAUUCGUCCCCGAAGGUCCACUCUGUUUGGCUCCUUUUGCCGCAUUGAAGGGUCCAAACUCCAAAUACCUCAGUGAAUCGUUCAGAAUUCGCAUAGCUCCAUCUCUUACCAGCUUGAAAAUAAUUGCCGAUUGCCCGGUAGAUUACCACGUCAUGUCUGGCGCGCUUCUUGUGGGUGACCCGUGGGUGCAAGAUGUGACAAAACUACCAAGAUUGCCACAUGCCAGAGAGGAGGUAGAGACGAUUGGUAGAAUUCUUGACUGUACACCUCUUAUUGGAAGACAAGCCACAAAGGAUGAGGUAUUAAGACGACUCGGUUCGGUUGCUUUGGUGCACAUUGCUGCACAUGGCAGCAUGAAAGCAGGCGAAAUUGCCUUGGCACCAAAUAAUGGUGAGAAGGAUUUCAUGUUGACAAUGAAGGACGUACUGCGUGUUCAAAUGCGAGCAAGACUGGUUGUACUCAGUUGUUGUCAUAGUGCUCAAGGAGAGAUCAAAGCAGAAGGUGUAGUAGGCAUAGCAAGGGCAUUUUUGGGAGCCGGUGCUCGUUCUGUUCUCGUGUCUUUAUGGGCAGUUGAUGAUAAGGCCACUCUUGAGUUCAUGAAAAAUUUCUAUCAGCAUCUUGUAAAAGGCAAAAGUGCGGGUGAAGCCUUAAAUCAAGCAAUGAGCUGCAUGAGAGAAUCUGAGGAGUUUGGCGCAGUCAAGUACUGGGCACCGUUUGUGCUCAUUGGUGAUGACGUCACAUUAGAAUUCGCUUUAUGUGAAUAA